UCUUACCCGUCUUCUUCUUUCUCCUUGUCACUUGUUCUAAUCAUGUAGCUUUCUGUCUGAGGCUUAGUUUCCAACCUAAUUUGCUUAAGGUAAAGGAAACCCGAUUUUGGGAUAAUAUUUUUCCAAAGAAUCUUCUUCUUUGAGCCCAAUUUUCUCCACCAGUUCUCUAUCAAUCUGAACUUUCAAUCUACUUAAAUUUCGAGUCAUUCUCGCUUUGUGAUCCUGGACACGAGAUCUACAACUUGAGGUAUUGAUUGAGGAUUGAAGAACCUUUUGGAGAACUUAAGCCACUAGGAGUUGCAAAAUGGACUACAUUGUGGAUUCCCUAGAGAAUGCAUACCAAGAGUUUGUCAUUGCUGCAACUGAUGUGCUCGAAGCCAAGGAAACUUCUGGUGCCCAAAACACACCAGCCAUAAAAGCUGCUCUUGAGGCUUUUAAGCAUAAAUGGGAACUUUUCAAAGUUGCUUGUGAUCAAGCUGAGGAUUUUGUGGAAUCCAUGAAGCAAAGGAUUGGUUCAGAGUUGCUAAUGGACGAGGCAAGUGCCCCAGUGACAAGGAAGUCUGGGCAAAUUGGACCAACUGGUCUUCCACCAAUUAAUGGAGUUAGGUUGCAACAUAUGUUUAAAUCAGUUCGACGACUUCUCACAGAACUUCAACAUGGUUCUGUAACUGCUGAAGGUUAUGGAACUCCUGCUAGUUCAACACAUUCUCAUCCAACAACUCCUUUUGAUGGUAGAUUCUCUGGAGAUUCAACGUAGUAUAUAUGAAGGUGAUUUUAACCUUAUAUUGAGACAAGACAAUAGAAUUUAUUGGAGGUAUUUUUCUUAAGAAUAAGAAGACAUCUACCAUCUCUGUCAAAUGAUUUUGAAGAAAGCUUUAAGUAGUUGUAAUUUUCUUAUUCUUUUGCAUUUGGGUUAUAUCCCUUUUGACAUUUGUAGUGAACUUAUUACUUAUGCAAAAGAUGGAGAAAACACAAAAACCUGUCGUGUAUUAGUUUUGUUU